CCUUUCUCAUUCUCAUCCCUCUCCCUCCAUUGGGUCGGGAACCAUUUUUAUCCAGAACCUUGAAAUACCAUUAAUCCUCUUUGGGGUAUUUCAAAUUCCCCCACACAAAAGCAAACCCUAAUUGUAAUCUUCUCAACUCUAUCUUUCUCUACAAUCCUAAGACAAAACACUUGCUUUCUUUUCCGGUUAUACACAUGUAAUCAGAUUUUCCCUUUGGGUUUUGUUUACCAUUUAACACUGAAUCUAUGAUUGUUGAUGAUAUGGAAUCGAUGUGAAUUGGAGCGGUUGGGUUCUCCUUGUAAAGAAUUUACUCAUUCUCUGGUGCUUUGGAUUAUAAUAAGCUGGAUUUAAUGGAUGCUAACGUUUGUGACAUCAAUCACUUGGAUGCCGAUGUCCUUUUGCCUCCUCGGAAGCGCCUGUUAGCUGGUUUUAAGAAACGAGCUUCGGAUGCAAAUGGUGCUUCAGAUCAGCGAAUAGCUGCUGCUUCAACUUCCUCUCCUUCACCAUCACCUGCUACUUCAUCAAGUGAUGUUGAUGCUCAUCUUAAUAACUUAUUGAGUUCACGUUUCAAUAACCCUAACCUUUCUCCAGAGGAGGUUUAUGAGGCCUCAAGAGCAGCCGCUAUUGCCGCUGCUAAGGCUGCUAAAGCUGCCAGAGCUGCAGCAGAGGAGAAGGCUGCAAUUGCAGCUAAAUCUAUCGCCGCAGCUAAGAGUGCAUUGGAGAUGGUAGCAACAUUUUCUGAAGAUGUUGGGGGUAAGGAUAGAUACCUCAAAAAGAAUAAGCCCAAGAAGCAUGUCCCGGUUCAAGUUUUAUACAAAAAACACCAACCAAUUGAGAGUUCUAGGGUAGAUGAAGAUUUAGCCCAAAGGUUGCACCGAGCAAUCAAUAGUUCUCCAAGAAUCUCAAAAGAUUCACCAAUAUAUGAAUGUAAAGGGCAUCAACAGAAAAGGUCCAAGAACUUGCCAACUCUGGAGAACACAAAGGUUCUCAAUGGGGGUAUUGUGUUGAGAGGAAGCCCGUCUUCUACCCGCAAUGGAGGUAUGAUGGCAGAAUCAGGGGAGUCGGUGUUGGAUAAUGGUGAAGCAGAAUCAAAGGAAAAAGCUUGCGAAGAUACAUAUCCUACUGGAAAAAGGAGGGGAAGAAUAAAGCUAAAGAAGUUGCCCUUGAGCGUUUGUUCCUAUAGGGAUCGAGUGAAUGCCAAGGAAGAUAUGAUUAAUAAGAACUCUCCAUUGAUGGACAAGAAGAACAUGGGUACACCUGUGUGGAAAUGUCAGGAUUUCAAGACCCCUUCAUGUAUAGAACAAAACAAAGUCACGCAAAUGUAAUGUUCGGUUCUGUUCUCGUUGCAGGCGACUUCAAUGUUGGAGAGACAAUAGUUGAGGUAGGAUUCACAAAUCUCUUUUGAUAGAGACGAGUUUUACUCCACUUCAUCUUUAUUUGCUCAUCUCUGGUUUUGUAAGGAAGAUGGAUUUGACGGUGUACAUUUGAAUGUUUCAAUUGCUUGCCUCUAAACUAGAAUAACACCAAUAAUU